GUGGUAGUAAAUCUAUAAUGAUCCAAAUUUCGCGUGUUUUUGAAGCCCUUGUCUAUAAUAUGACGCAGAGCUUGCUCUCACUCAGCGCUACUAAUGCAAGAAGAAGUCUGUUGUGUCACAUCAGCAAGCGGCUGGUAAAUACAACGUCAGUCUGCACUCUGCUCGUACAAAAUCCAAACACGACGAAACGCACCUAUAUUAAAAUUAUGCACCUAUAAGUUUGCAACUAUGUGUAUAGCAUAACAUAGUUCGUUACACAUUACCGGCUUGCAGACACUAAAAAAUAAACGCAUUCGUUUAUCAAGUAGUUUGUUGAUCUAUGAAUAUUCAUCUGUCAGUCAAGUGACUUAUCAAUUAUUAAACAAUUUUUACACCAUAAUCGAAAUGGCGGCAUCAUUCGAAGUCUUACGAAAGGAAUUCUGUGAAUACCUGCAAUUAUACAUGAAAACUUCUGAUACUGCAACGCUGCAAAAAAAAUGUUUAGAGCUAUGCCCCAGUGAAAAAGACAGAAAACCAGCUAUAGACCAAGCUCUUCGAGAUACAUUGAUGACUAUUUUAACUAAAAAUCCCAAGAACACAAAAGCUCUUGAAUCAUACAUUAACUUUUGUAUUGACAUCUGUAGGAGAGAGCUUACUAAUAUCAGUGUUGCAGUGAUGUUACUCAGUGAUAUAUUUGACACAUUAACUCUAGAUCGUUGUGAAGAAUUGUUUACUUACGUUGAAAACAAUGUAAAAAUAUGGAAAGAAGAGAUAUUCUUCUCUGCAUGCAAAAAUAACCUCCUUAGAAUGUGCAAUGAUCUUCUAAGACGUCUGUCUAGAUCUCAACAAACAGUAUUUUGUGGAAGAAUUUUAUUAUUCCUUGCAAAAUUUUUUCCAUUUUCUGAAAGAUCUGGUUUAAAUAUCGUGAGUGAAUUUAAUGUGGAAAAUGUUACGGAAUUUGGCACAGAAAAAUCUCAAAAAGAAGAUGCUCAGCAGAUGGAAGUAGAUGAAGAAAAGAGCGAUAUUAAAACUCCUAUUGAUUUCAAUUUAUAUAGACAAUUUUGGGCUCUACAAGAUUUCUUUAGAAAUCCAAAUCAGUGCUACAAUAAAAUGCACUGGAAGGUUUUCUCUGCUCAUGCAUCCAAUGUAUUAUUGGCAUUUUCAUCAUUUAAAUUGGAGGACCAGAAAGAUUGUAAAGUAGAUUAUUCAAAAUUAGACAUAUCAUUCGAUGGAAUUCAUAAGGAUGCAAUAUAUUUUGCUAAAUAUUUGACAAAUGAAAAAUUAUUUGUUUUGCAACUAGCAGAUUCCAAUUUCAGACGAUAUGUGCUGCUUCAAUUUUUGAUUCUUUUCCAAUAUUUAAAUAGUACUGUAAAGUUCAAAUCAGAAACGCAUGAGUUAAAACCUGAUCAAGUAGAAUGGGUUAACAAAACUAUUGACCAGGUUUUUACACUGCUUGCAGAAACCCCUAAUGAUGGACCAGCUUUUGCAGACGCUGUUCGGCACAUUUUAAAAAGAGAAGAAUUUUGGAAUUCUUGGAAAAAUGAAGGUUGCCCUGCUUUUAAAAGACCUGCUCCAGAUUGUGCAGAAUCUGAAGAUAACAGAAAACCUAAAAAAAACAAAAGACGUAUUGGUGAUAUUAUUAGAGAUACUCAAGCUAAAGGGCAAUUUUUUAUGGGCAACGUAGAACUGACUAAACUAUGGAAUUUGUGUCCAAAUAAUCUUGAGUCAUGUAAAUCCAAAGAUAGAGACUUUUUACCAUCUCUUGAAGCUUACUUUGAAGAGGCGAUUGAACAAUUAGACCCAGCUGCACAAAUUGAAGAUGAAUAUAAGAAAGUCAAUGAUGGAAACUUUGGUUGGAGAGCACUUCGAUUAUUAGCCGAAAGAAGUCCACAUUUCUUUGUUCAUGGAAAUUAUCCAAUUAAUAAAUUACCUGAAUACCUAGAAAUGAUGAUAAAAAAGAUCGCUAAAGAUAAACCGGUACAAGUAGAAGUGAAACAAGAUUCUGAAGGUACGCCUCAACAAGAGCAAGUUGAACAGGAAUAUUCUGAAGAAACAAUAAAACAAGAAACUGAAACUUCAACUGUAAAACCAAAAAUUAUUAGUAGAAUAAGCCACAAAUUAGUUGAAAAACUGGCUGAAAAUUUGAAAAAUCAUUGGGAUAAACUUGCGACUAAACUAGGUUAUACUAAUGACGAAAUUGCUUUCUUCCGUAAAAAAACAACGCCAUAUGAACAGUGUCAAGAAAUGUUAGCGAUAUGGACUGAAGAAGAUCCAGAUGCUUCGCUCGAAAAUUUAAAAUCAAUUUUGUCUGAAUUAAAUCACACUGAAGCAUUAGCAAUUAUUGAAGCAGAUUCAACUUAAAAUGCAUUCAAAUUAUAAAUAAUCAAUAAAAAUAGAUAGUAUCAUAACAAGUAGGUAGAUUUAAAUAGUCACACAGACUACACUGACUCAUAAAGAAAAAACGAUGUAUAUAGCAUUUAAAUAUCUUUAAAUUUAUUUUCAUAAAUUUAUUUAGACCUAAACUAUUAUUACUAUUGUAUGUAUUAAAAAUUACAUUACAUACACUCUAAUAAAAUUGAUAUUUUUGACUCAACUCUUUGAAAGUUCAGUCACACUUGCGUUUAAAAUUGAGUUUGGUUUAAAAUACACAAUGUUGGAAAUAUUUUACUUCUCUGCAGUAGCUAUUAUAAUGUUUCCAACAAUACUAUGAUACUUAUGAUUAGGGUAUUCUUUUAAUUUUUAAUAUAAAUUUUUUUUUACAAAGUUGAAAAUUUUAUAUCAACAGAGCAUACACAAUUUUUUACCUAUAAUGUUGAAUAUUGUUUAAUUUCUGUAAAUGGAAAAGUAAUAGUCAUAAUUCUGCAUCGCUCAGUCUUAGUCUGUUAAAUGUACUUAAAAAAAGAGUUUUCAAAGUCAAGAUA